AUGUCUCUCUCUCUCACACACACACACACAGCUCAGGCCAAGCAGUGUCAGCUACGCACCUUCCUCACCUACUACAUCAACGACCUGUUCCUCAGCCAGGUCCGCACCGAGACCAAUAAGGAGAUUGAGGCUGUGACCAAAGUGUCCGACCCGCUCAAGAUCCUGGCCAGCGCUGACACCAUGAAAAACCUGGGAGUUCAAAGACCUCUUCUACAGAGCACUGUGGUUGUGGAGAAGUCCAUUCAGGAUUUAAUGAGUCUGAUGCAGGACCUCAGUGCGUACUCCAACCAGUUCCUGGAGAUGGUUUGUGACAAGCUCAAAGAGUACAAAGAGAUCUGCAAUGCUGCAUACAGGGGUAUUGUACAGUGCGAGGAGAAGCUGACCAUCAGUGCGUCCUGGGCUAAAGAUGAAGACAUCAGCCGCCUGCUGCAGUCUCUGCCCAACUGGGCCAGCAUGACCCAACCCAGACAGCUCCGACAGAAGAGGGAAGAAGAAGAGGAUUUCACACGGGCAGCAUUUGCCAAGGAGUCUGAGGUGUUGACGGGGAAUCUGGGUGAUAAGCUGAUUCCUCAGAAUGAGAUUCUGAGGGACGUCAGUGAUCUGAAGUCUCUCGCUAACCUGCAGGAGAGCAUGGAGUGGCUCGCCACCCGCCUCAGGGGCUUCUUCAGCAACCUACCCCUUAGCUCCAGUGUAUCCCCAGGCUCAGAUGCUCAGGUGAACAGCGAGAAUGUCCGCAGUCGAGAGCAGAUCCUCCAGACUUUGACUGACCUCUCCAGAUCUUUCCAGGACAUCGCUGACCGCUGCCUUCUGGUGCUGCAUCUUGAGGUCAGGGUCCACUGUUUCCAUUAUCUGAUCCCUCUGGCAAAACAAGGCAACUACGCCAUUGUAGCUAAUGCAGCCAGCAUGGACUACGACCCCCUGGUGGUGAAGCUGAAUAAGGACAUCAGUGCCAUAGAGGAAGUGAUGGGAGCCGCCCUGCAGCAGCACAAGUUUCAGUAUAUCUUUGAGGGUCUGGGUCACCUGAUCUCUUGUAUUCUGAUAAACGGAGCUCAGUACUUCAAGCGCAUCAGCGAGUCUGGCAUCAAGAAGAUGUGCAGAAAUAUCUUUGUGCUCCAGCAGAACCUGACCAACAUCACCAUGUCACGUGAGGCUGAUCUGGACUUUGCCAGGCAGUACUAUGAGAUGCUGUAUAAUACAGCCGACGAGCUGCUAAACCUGGUGGUUGAUCAAGGGGUGCGUUACACAGAGCUGGAGUACAUCAAUGCUCUGAGUCUCCUCCACCGCAGCCAGACUGGCGUGGGAGACCUGACCGUGCAGAACAUGCGGCUGCAGCGCCUCAAAGAGAUCAUAUGCGAACAGGCUGCCAUUAAACAGGCUACCAAGGAUAAGAAGAUCACUACAGUCUAGACGCACAUGUUUAAACUAUAUCUACCAACACUCUGAAAGGGUCCACUUUACUGCCGUUCAUUACUGUCACAGGCUUUGAGUCAAGUCACACUUUCAAGCAAACAUUAUAGUGGUUUCAUUUCAUUUUCUUGCUUUCCAGUAUUUGUUAGAUGCAUUUCUGACCAGGGCUUUGUGCACACAAAUGCACACACAGACAUGUUCUAAUAAAUGAAUCCCUUGUAUCUUUUCUGGUUAAACCGGGCCACACGUUUCAGAGCGAGAGGACGGAUUCACUCAUUGUAGCUUAGGGACAUUUUCAUCUCAUUUUCUUACUUUAUCAAACCUCUGCUCUCAAUUAUAGAAUCUUCUUGUGCGCCGUCUCUCCCUGCCCAGCCCGGAGCUUGUGCUUGGAAUAACAGAUGCCAGAUUAGAACGGCAGGCUUUUUUUAUCAGGGG